AUGAAGCGUGAGUUUGUGUCCAAUUUUCGAGUGUCGAAGGCAUUGUUCACUGCACUACACAGUAAAAUUGCAUCGUGUCUUGCUCCGAAACAUAUGCGUGGAUUAUCAUCGCAAGACAAACUGGCGGCAACUUUAAAAUUUCUUGCCCAAGGGUCAUACCAGCAAGGUGUUGGUAUCGAUUUCACUGUUGCAAUUGGUCAAUCAACGUUUUCCGAUAUUUUUCAUGAAACGUUGUGCGCCCUUGAAAAGGAAAUCGGUAACGAAGAUACUCUAGAAAUGACCGAAGGAGAAAAGACUGCAGCAAGACGGUAUUUUUACGAAAAAUCUGAGAUUCCGGGAGUUGUGAUGUGUGUGGAUGGAACCCACAUCAGAAUCACUGCACCAAAACAAAACAAAGAAAGUUUUUACAAUCGCAAGGGUUUUUACAGCAUGAAUGCAAUGAUGCUUUAUGACCAUCGGAAGCUUAUUCGAUUUGUCAAUGCCAAAUUUCAUGGAUCGCAUCAUGAUUCAUUUGUUUACAGCAACAGUCCAUACAGCAUAGUCUUUUGGACAAUACAUAUUAUUAAAAAUAUGUGA